UUUUCAGCGGAUCCAGGAUCAUGGAUCAUUGGUCCUUGGGGCAAACCUCUCCUUCCAUGGGAGCACAUCUCCUCGCCAGUAGCAGUUGCAGAGCGACCUACGUUCCUGCUCCAGGGAAACAGUGCAAGCACGCUGGGCAAUCGGUGCGUUUGUGUUUGCAGAGACCGCUGCCAAUUCGGAUUCUAACUGUGGGGAAGAAGAGGUCGGCGGGGGUUCAGCUCAUAGUUGACGAGUAUAUUGAGAAGCUUAAGCAUUAUUGCCCCGUCGUGGAUGUUCGAGUGAAGUCUAACCCUAGAAAUGCUCGUCAUCCACGAUUCGUUACAUGGACAGGCCUGCUCCCCUCUCUGGCUAUGGAUAUAAAUGAAAACACAAACCUUGAUGUGAGGGCUCAGAUUGAUCAUGAAGAUAUGGCUGUAAUGGAUCUUAUCAAAUCCAGUGAAUGGGUUGUGAUGUUGGAUGAGCGCGGACUUGACGUGGGUUCGGAGCAAAUAGCUUCCAUAAUCGCGGAUGCUGGAAAUUCAGGAGCAUUGAGCAUCACGUUCUGCAUUGGUGGACCUUACGGUCACGGAAGACAGCUAAGAGAACGGGCCAAUGCAUCAAUCAAGUUGUCGUCUUUGGUGUUGAACCAUGAAAUCGCUCUGGUUGUACUAGCCGAGCAGCUGUACCGGGCUUGGACCAUUCUCAAAGGCCAGAAGUAUCAUCAUAAUUAGAUAUCAAUGACACUAAUGGUCAUAGAAAUCGAAAUUCGAAAGAACCAAAACUACUAGAAGCCUAGAACUACCGGUCUUAGAACCAAUUAUUCUUAGAUAUAAACCUGUGUUUGUUCAUAUUGAUUCUUGUGAAACUCCAUUAAAAUUAUUAUGUUGUAUUAGAAUUUAGAACCAUACAAGUCUCCGGACUGUAUGAAAAUAUCUUUAAAGAAUGUGUCAAAUAUCAUAUCCUCCAUUGCCAAUGGUGUUACAACAAUAUCCUCAAAGGGGCUAUCCCCAACUUUGACUUUCUCAACUUUCAUCAACAACUUUGUCAAAAUAUAGAGAGAGGGAAAAAAAACAAUUAGUCAAAAUCAGCAGCAACUUUUGUUAGAGCAUACCUUCAUCAUCAUACCCAAAUCUUCUUCUAUUAGUGCAAGUUAGAUCCAUGGAACCUUCAUCAAGCUAAAGCCUUGACUUUGAGGGGUGACAAAUUUGACUUAAGGGGGACAUAAGAAGCGCCAAGCAACUUCUUCUCCUUAGGAGAGUCGCCUUUUGUCAUUCCAAGAACCUUCCGAACCUCAUUCGCAAGCUCGAUAACAUAGUCAUCUUCAUGACCUGAAUCACACAAUCAGUCAUUUCCCAAUUUCAAUAACAUUGUCAAUUGAUGAACAUCGUAAAUUUCUUAGUGGUAAUGCAAUAAGCCAUUUUACCUAUAUCGAACAUGGCCUUCUCCAACAGGAAAAGAUAGUCCCUGUUGUUCCCGCAAGGACCGUAGGCUGUCGCGAUUUGCCAGGCCAUGUCUUCCAGUGGCGCAGGCCCUAAGUAGUAUUUGUUCGAUAUCUUGUCCUGGGUCGAUGUGAACCUAAAGUUUCAAACAAGAAGCUAUUAGAAACAUUAUCCCUAAAGGCCAAUUCGGGUAAUAAAUCGACCCGAAUGAAAAACACAUGGAAAAUACUUACACUAUCACAUCAGCCAAGAAGGGCACAUCAGAAUCACCCUCCUGCAUAACAAAAAAACAGAGAACCACACAAGUGUGAACGCCAUGUUUACAAUAAUCAGAAAACAAUACGUCGCCUGUGCUCGACUUACUCUAUAAAACUUUACCAAUGUCUUCUUGUCAUACUCGCAUUCCCUUCUUUCCAGAUACUAAUAAACACAAAAAGAACCACCAUAAGUUCAUAAAGUUGUUUUUUUUUUUUUACUAGCAAGAGGCUAAUAGGUAGCCUGUUUCGAUGAUGAUCGAAUGUUAUGCAGUAGUAGUACCUCCAUGGCUUCCUUCUCUCUUUCUUCCCCGCCACGCACACAAUAAGCAGCACCCCACUGAAAAAUAAGAACUCCAAUAAUUACACAAAAAAUUCAUCCUCUGAAAUGAUAUUUGCUUGCAUCUUGCAAGCAAAUUAGGCUAAUAAACUCACACAGAUAGCUCCUUCACAUUUCUCCAGGGUGCAGGUCCUGGCAGGGUGGUCUGGCGUGCCCCUAUGAUCAAUGCACGCUGAAAUCACAAACAACAACCGCCAUAAAUAACGUAAUCAUUUUUCCCCAAAUAUUAGGGUUUAGUUGUAAACAAUCAAUCAUGGAACACAAACAAGCAGAUUCAAACAUAAAUCUCCUCCAAACAAUCAUGAAAACUUCCAUACCUAGAUCAAAUACACGCCUGUAAUCCUUGAUAAACCCUACAACCUUCUCAUCCACUUCAAAUCCAGGGUUCCACACCAACGAUCCGUAUCCAAAAACCCAGAACACCAUCUUAGCUUCCUCUCUCCUCAAAUCCUGGCCAAAAACCAACCAAUUAGACCUAAAUCCACAAUAAUCAAUCAAAAACACAAUAAUACAGAAGAAAAAAACCUAAAAAAACAAUAAACUCACAAAUUCAGAUCAAUCGAAAUGAAUUCUCCGCCGGAUUACCCAAGGCAGAAUGAGAUAUCCGGCAAGCAGUUAGCUCAGAGAGAGAGAGAGAUUUGAGAGGUUGAAUCGGAUUGAAUAUCUCCCCAAUUCCCCCUUCCGAAUCUGCAAUUUCGUCGCGGACCAAUUCGGUGGUUUCCGUUGGAGCGAAUCGUGGUAUUUAUAGGAAGGAGGAAACUGAAAAACCGCGUGUACGGGAGAAUUGGAUUGCAACAGAGCGCGGGGGUUAAUUAAUGCUAGCAAUGGACCAUUAAUUACGUUGCGUCCUCAAGUUACACGCACAUGGCAGUUUGAAAUUCACCCAUGUGCGGGUUCAUUGAAUCUGGACGUGUUUGUGUGCGUUUAUUGUAUGUGGUCGUAAACCCGUCUAGGGGGGGACUGGACUGGACCGGGUUUUUAAAGCUUGCGGGCGUUGGCGGCAACUGCCGUUGGAUAUUGGGGGACCGUUUUAAGUAAGAAUUAUACAGUUGGGGAGUUGGUUUAUUCUUAUUGGUGACAUUUUAUGGGAAAUUUAAGGAUGUGUUUGUUUGUGCUUUUUAAUGUGUUUAGGAAAUUUUAGGUUUUAUUUUAUUUUUAAAUGUGAAUUGUAUUUUGUAUGUAUUGUUUUAAAUGAUAAUUUUGUAUUUUGCAUAAAAA